AUGUCACCACCUCAUGCUGUGAUUCAGUACAUUGUUGAAAGUCAGUUAGGAUUAAAUCAAAUAAAAAGCUGCAAUCAACCACAAAAAAUCAGUUUACCUCCUGACUGUCAUCCAAAAUCUAUAUUUUGUGGUUCAGACUGUUCCUUUCUUUUGACUUCCAAUCAUGGUAUUCUUGCAUGUGGAAGCAACAGACAUAAUAAAUUAGCUAUGGACACAGAAGAUGGUCAGCACGUUGAUGGAACAGAUAUUUUCGAACCCAUGCGUUCAGAUCCCAUUCCAAACUUAAAGAUCGUUUCUGUUUCAGCAGGACUUUCUCAUACGGCCAUUUUGACAGAUAAAGGAGAUCUUUAUACGAUUGGUUCCAAUCGUUAUGGGCAGCUCGGUUGGGGACAAAUUGGCCUUUCGCACAACAUGCCCUGCAAGGUUCAAUUUAUAAAUCAUCAGAAGUUUAAACGUGUUUCUUGCGGUAAUUCGUUCACCAUAGCUGUAACCGAAGUUUAAUAUAUAUAAAUAGCGGGAGAAGUUUAUAGCUGGGGUGAAAACUCGAACGGCCAGUUGGGAAGAAACAGUUCUAAUCUGAACAAACCAGGAAAAAUUGAAACAAUUAAUGCAAAGUACU